AUGAAGCUCUCCAUCUCCGCCCUUCUACUCGCCUCUUUGACAGCUCUAACAUCAGCCGCCUCAAUCAACGACAUCCCACAAUGCGCGCGCCCCUGUCUCGAAGACGCCAUCAAAAGCAAGACCAGCUGCGCCGUCACGGACUCCAACUGCGUCUGCAGCGGCGACAACUUCAGCAAGGUCCAGGGUGCGGCGACGGGUUGUGUACUUGAUGCUUGUGGGAGUGAUACUGCGUUGAAUCAAGUCCUUCCGGCGGCGCAGAAGAUCUGUGGAUAA